UUCUAUUUCUAGAUGGUGUGAACACUCUGACAUUUUUGGGUAUCUUCUUUCUUGGAUGUUUGACUACCGCAGGUUAUUCAAAGAUUGGGUUAUCAUAAUUUAAUUAUUGCCCCCUUUUAAUUAUUGGGUUCUGAUUUUUUUCAACAGAUUGAUUAUCUGAUUGUGUGAGUUAAACGUGCUGGGGUUUGUUUUUAUCUUUGACUUUAGCUUCAUGAACUCAAAUACAUAAAUUUUUAUCUGGGAAGCUGAAAGGUUUGAAGUAUUACAUCGACUUGAAGAUUUUAUUUUGGGGAUUUCUUCAUAAAUUGUCUGAUUGACAUCCACUUGUGUUUCUUUAUCCAAUUAUCUGAAGUGACUUCCAAGUUGACUUUGGAAAGCAUUUGAUUCAGAUAUAAUUUCAAGAUGCUUGGAUUCAACUUCAAAUCAUGUGCAAGAUUGAAGAUGAUGGGGUUCAAGUUCAAGUUCAAAUCAUGUGGAUGUGUUUUUGCUUUGAUGAUUCAUUGCUUGAUGAUGAUUGCAGUUGCAAAAGUUACUGAUCCUUCUGAAGUUUCUGCAUUGCUCGCGGUCAGAAAUAGUUUAGUUGAUCCAAUGAAUUAUCUUAGUAAUUGGAAUAAAGGGGAUCCGUGUACAUCAAACUGGACUGGAGUUUCAUGCGUUCAUAAAAACAACGUUGAUAGAUACUGGCAUGUUCAAGAAAUCCAACUACUAAACUUGAAUCUUUCAGGAAGUUUAGCACCUGGGCUUGGUGAAUUUUCUCAUCUGAGAAUUUUAGAUUUCAUGUGGGAUAACUUGAGUGGUAGUAUACCCAAGGAGAUUGGAAACAUUUCAUCUUUGGUACUCUUGCUUUUGAAUGGCAACAAAUUAACAGGCAGUUUACCCGUUGAGCUUGGAUAUCUUAGAAACUUAAAUAGAUUCCAAAUAGAUGAGAACCAGAUAUCAGGACCGAUUCCCAAAUCGUUUUCGAACUUGAAUAGUAUUAAACAUAUCCAUUUUAACAAUAACUCGUUAAGUGGUCAGAUUCCUUCAGAACUUUCCAACUUAUCUACUCUAAUGCACUUGCUUCUAGACAACAACAACUUAUCUGGGUAUCUUCCACCAGAAUUCGGGAAUUUUCAAAACAUGCGGAUCCUUCAACUUGAUAACAAUCACUUCGAUGGCCCAAUUCCUGCUUCAUAUGGAAAUCUAUCAGGAAUAAUCAAAUUAAGCCUUAGAAACUGUAGUUUGCAAGGAGCUCUACCUGAUCUUAGCAGAAUACCACAUCUCAGCUAUAUAGAUCUCAGCAGGAAUAGGCUCACUGGAUCCAUACCUUUAAACAAGCUUUCAGACAAUAUGAUAACUAUUGAUCUGGCAUACAAUCAGCUAAAUGGAUCUAUUCCCGAAACUUUAUCAGUUCUUCCUUCCCUUCAAAAACUGUCGUUGAAGAACAAUUCUCUGUACGGUUCCAUCUCUGCUGAGCUAUGGCAGAACAAGUCACUUACUGCAGCCUCGAAACUUGUACUAGAUCUCCGAAAUAAUUUAUUUUCAGACGUCAAUGGAGAUUUGAACCCACCGGUAAACGCUAGCCUAAGGCUACAGGGAAACCCUAUUUGUCGAAAUUCAAGCAUACAAAACAAAGAUCAGUUUUGUGGACCUAAAGAUGAUGGAGAUUAUACGCGUGCCAUUUCAGAAAAUGCAACUGGCUGUCCAAUUCAAGCGUGUCCCACCGACAAUUACUUUGAGUAUGUUCCGGGGUCUCCGGUCCCAUGUUUUUGUGCUUCACCUCUUAGGGUCGGGUAUCGUCUGAAAAGUCCGAGUUUUUCUUUUUUUGCACCCUAUCAAGAAGAAUUCGAGAUGUAUGUCACUAGUUCUCUUGAUUUGGACUUUUAUCAACUAUUCAUCGAGACAAUUAGAUGGGAAAAGGGGCCUCGUUUGAGGAUGUAUCUGAAACUUUUCCCUAAGGCUGGCACCAAGCAUUCGAGCACGUUCAGUAGAAGUGACGUUAUGCGAAUUAGAGGCAUUUUUACGACAUGGGUAUUUCCCGGAAGCGACUUGUUUGGACCAUAUGAGCUUCUGAAUUUCACUCUUCUCGGACCUUAUUCACAUAUGAAUUUUGGAACCGAGGGAAGAGGUAUAAGCAAAGGCGUUUUAGCAACUGCUGUAGUUGUAGCAGUUGUUUGUGCUAUAGCAAUCUCUUCGAUACUAACCGUUGUGAUCAAGAAACGACACGAGAGAUACAAGCACACAUCAUCAAGAAAAUCUUUACUCUCAAAACUUUCCAUCAAAAUGGAUGGUGUUAAAAGCUUCACCUUUCGAGAAAUGGCAAUUGCAACGCAAAACUUUUGUGACUCGACUCUUGUUGGCCGAGGGGGUUACGGGAAGGUUUACAAAGGAACGUUAUGGGAUAACAACAUGGUAGCCAUAAAACGCGCAGAAGAAGGAUCGUUACAGGGUGAAAAGGAGUUUUUGACAGAAAUUGAGAUGUUGUCGAGAUUACAUCACCGAAAUCUAGUCUCGCUUCUUGGAUACUGUGACGAGGAACAGGAGCAGAUGCUGGUUUAUGAGUUCAUGCCUCGGGGAACAUUGCGUGAUUGGCUUAACGCCAAAUCCGGAGAAUCGUUGAGCUUCAAAAGGAGGUUACUUGUGGUGUUGGAUUCAGCCAGAGGCAUACUUUAUCUUCACACUGAAGCAAACCCACCGAUAUUCCAUCGCGAUAUCAAAUCGAGCAACAUUCUUCUGGACUCCAAACUCACAGCCAAAGUUGCUGAUUUUGGUCUCUCGAGGCUUGCACCGAUCUUGGAUGACAAUGGAGUGGGUCCUAACUACGUAUCCACGCUUGUUAGGGGAACGCCCGGUUACCUCGAUCCGGAAUACUUAUUGACCAAUAAGCUAACAGACAAGAGCGACGUUUAUAGCCUUGGGGUCGUACUUUUGGAGAUCUUGACCGGUUUGAAGCCGAUAUCGCAUGGCAAAAACAUCGUCCGUGAGGUGAAAGUAGCUCAUCAAACAGGCACAAUGUUCUCAAUCGUAGACAACCGAAUGGGUUCGUACCCUUCCGAAUGUAUCGAAAAGUUUGCAUUGUUGGCUUUAUGGUGUUGCAAAGAUAAGCCGGAGAAACGACCAUCGAUGUUAGAUGUGGUUAGGGAGCUGGAACACAUACUAGAAAAGAUGCCGGAGACCGGAGACGAGUUGUUAGAACCGGAGUCAAAAUCGUUCAUGGAAUUGUCGUCGUUGGAUAGCUCGUCGAACAUUCCGGGAAGCAAUCUUACAAGCGGUGGUAAUCCCAUUGUAUAUCCGCGUUGAUACGGCAAACUUUUGCAGAUGAAAUGUAAUAGGAGUUGUAUAUGUGUAUAGAAAAGCAUGACGGACGUCCGGGAAAAAGACAGUUUGUUGUACAUUACAACCUGAUAGAGAAUUUUUUUUAAUAAGUUGUCUUCUAUUUAAAAAAAUACACUAUUUGUAAUUGGAGAUUUACUUGAAUAAAUGAAGAUGCAAGGUUAAGUA